GUCAAACGCUUUACACGGAGAUAGCAAGAUAGUGCAUUAUCAAAAAGUUCACGUAUUUUCGGUGUUUAACACUCAAACAGAAAAUUUUUCCGAAUUAAAAUCAUUUUUUUUUUGCAAUUUCGAAUUGCUAGCUCGUCGCAUUGAGUCGUAAAAAUAGGGAAUUUUUGAAUUAUUUUGGAAUAUUUGACCAUUUCAUCUGCAUUGAAGUGAUUACCACUUAACCUCACUAUUUUGAUACGACCUCAAAGUUAUAUUUCGAGCGAGAGAAGAAUUCAUCGAUUUCUGACAAAAUGAAUGGCCCACAGCAAAAUCUGAAAGCUCGGUUCAAAGACACGCCAAUUGCCAUUGGAAGCGAGGUUCCACAGAAAAUCUUCAGUGACGUGGAGAUAAAACAGGAGCUCGCGAUCAAAGAGGAACCAGAAGGUCAUACCGAAGUACCGAUGGUAUCCAUGCCAAGACCAAGUUGCAGUAGCUCAGCAGUUGAACCCAGCGUCGAUAGAGCAAACAACGAGCCAAGCAUCAAAGAUUUGUAUUCAACACAUGCGAAAUUGGAGCUCAAAGCAGAAGCUGAAGCCGAUACCAAAGUUGAAUCGACGUCAAAUGAAAGCAAGCAAUCAGUUGGAAAUGACGCAUUGAAGGGAAACACUACGAAGAAGCACCGGGCGAAGAAAGGUAGUGCGGCGAAGCCAAGGUCAUCGAAUAGACUGUCGAAGAAAAGGGAAAUUGGAUUGAAAGGCAGAGCCAAAGCGGUGAUCAAUGCUGCGCAUAGAAAACAGUCUACGGCGAAAAAGACCAAGAAACAGCACAAAUGUCCAUCGUGUGAUUAUGUUGCAUCACAGACAAGCACUUUGAAGAGGCAUAUGUUGACGCACACUGGCAGGAAACCGUUCCCGUGCAACAUCUGUGACAAACGAUUCGCACUAAAACAAAAUCUUCAAUCACAUUUGAAAACACACCCCGAUGAAUAUCCGUUCAGCUGUUCAGUUUGUCUCAAGCGGUUCGCUCAGAAUGAUGAAAUAUUGGAGCAUGAAGCCAAUUGCUAUGGACGACACUACGAAUGCCACUUGUGCAAGAAGUUCUCUACUCUAAUUAAGGGUCAAUUGAAGGUCCACAUGCGUGUGCACACCGGCGUAAGACCUUUCCGAUGCAGCCUUUGCUCCAAGAAAUUCACACGAAAGGCACAUUUGAAAGGUCAUUCAAAACUUUACACAAAUCCUCGUCCGGUGAAAUUCCAAUGUUUGGUUUGUGCCCGUUACUUCUCUCAAGAGAUGGAAAAGCAGCAACAUGAAUCGAAGUGCCAAAGUCGACGUUACGAAUGUUACUUGUGCAAAAGCUACACGACAUCCUAUAAAUCGUGUAUGAUGUUACACAUGCGUGUUCAUCACAACGGUGUAAAACCAUUCCAAUGUGAAGUGUGCAAAAAAUUCUUCGCACAGAAAGUAGAACUUACGCGUCAUCUAAAACACAACCAUAAAUAAUGUUGUGAUUGAUCUGCACAGUUUCUUGAGGAAUUCGAUAAUUUACCCAAAAUUGUACAAUGAUUCAUCUAAUUCUCGUAAAGAAAUUAAAAUUGACUUAAUCAAUUCUCAGUAGAAUGGUUAAAAUUUGGCCUAAGAUCAUUUUAUAAAAUAUCAAUGAUUUCCUUUACUUUUCAAUAAAAUAAUUUGACUUCAA